AUGGUCACAGUUUCAGAAUCAAGUGAAGAAGAUUUACAUGAAAAUGUCAAUUUUCAUCAUAGUGGUUGGCGUAUUACACUUAUUCUAUUAGCAUUUAUAAGUUUUAUAAUCACUUGUAUUUUUAAUAGUUUCGCUGCUAGUGAUUCUAAUGAUAUAUUUACACAACGUACAGGAAAUAUUAGUGAUAAUAAUCUAACGGAAUUUACACCUGCUAAUUGGACAUUCAGUAUAUGGAGUAUAAUUUAUUUAUGGCAAGCAGCAUGGUUAAUCUAUGCUAUUACUCGAAUAUCAAGAAAAGCAAAUACAAAUUAUUUAUAUAUUGUUCCAAAUACACUUCAUUUUAGUGUUUUUAUAUUCUAUAUAAUUAAUAUGAUUUUGAAUAUUGGUUGGCUAUUUAUAUGGGAUCAAGAACAUUUUGGUUGGUCACUACUCGUUAUUUUCAUCAUGUUUAUAACGAUUCUUGUACCUAUGAUUAUGACUCAUGUUCUUCUACAACGAAAUCGACCAAUUUAUAUUAACUCAGAACGAAAACUAGAUAUUUGGCUUGUACGAAUAUUAGUUCAUAAUGGUUUAGCUGUUUACAGUACAUGGCUUUAUCUUGCAACAUUACUUAAUUUAACUAUUUGGAUUACACAAAUAUAUAAUAAAAAUCCUCAAUCAAACACUAAUGCAUCAACUGCAGCACUUACUCUUGUACUUGUUGGAAUUAUAUUUUAUUUUAUUUGUGAAAAUUUUCUAUUUUAUUCUUCGAUGGCAUAUACAUUUUUACCUUGGUUUGUUUUAAUAUUUUCAUUGUCAGGUGUUCUAUCAAAAAAUUAUACAAGAAAUGAUAUUCCUGAUAGAAAUAAAUUCUAUGUACUUGCUUUACUUAUUAUUUGUUGUAUUUUAUUUAUUAGUCGUCUUGGAUUAUUUCUUGUACGAUAUUUCAGAAGUCAAAUUCCAACAAUAAAAGAACCUUGA